GUAUUUGACAUUUCUAAAUUCUAGAUAUUUUUAGGUUAUGUUUCCAUUUUCAAAACAUUAAAUUGUUUGAAAUAAAAUAUGGAAAAUAUCGAUUAUGAUUCCUCGUGGAAAUUAAUAAAGAAAACUUUUCCCAUAUUAAACGACAAUUUUACAUUCCCCUUGGAAUCUGAGCAAUGUUCUGAAGGAGAAUUCUAUCAAACCUUGAAUUUAAUCAUCCAAUGUGAUCUAGUUGAUGUAAUACAAUCGCUAAUUAUCGAAAAAAUUGAGAAAUACUCCCGUAAUGUUAUUAAAAAAGAUUUUUGGGCACACUUUAACGAUGUAUCUGAUGAAAAUGAAGGGUUUAGACGUUUUUACAAAGCGGUGGAAAGUUUGUAUGUGAAUUAUUCGCAUUUUAAAACCACCCUAGCAAAACUUAAUGCUUUACGAAUUCAGGGGAAUGAAAAUGAUUUAAUUUAUGGUGAAAAGAAUGCUGAGGAUGCUUUUAAAUUAAUCAUAAGAUCUUGUUUACUUUCUGAACUACCUUUAAAUUGCCAAAAAGUUAUUAAAAAUUUUUAUGAGGUUGCUUUAAAAAAUGAGGGGAUUGAGUUUUCUAAAAGUUGCAGUGUUUGUUUAAGUUGUAAUGGUUGUGAGUGUUUGCAACACUUUUAUGAAACAAAUAAAAUUUUGAUAGAAUUAGGUCUAUUAGAACCUUUUGUGCAACAUACAAUAUUGAAUGUUAUUAAUAACCAUAUUGAGGAGCAUAUUGAAAGCGUUUGUAAAGAUCGUUUUGAUGUAUCUUUCGUUGAUUCUCUACAAAAGUGGUUGGAGGAUGUUAUUUUGGUUUGGUUAACAAAAAUUUAUUCUUCCAAAACGGUUUUAAAGUUCCACAAAAAAUUAAAAAGCGUCAUUUUUGAAGUGUACACCAAAAUAAGGAUUAAUCAACUUUUUAGCAUCAUUAUUGAAUAUCCUGAAUCAACUCCAGCUUUAGAAGAUCUCUCAAUUUGCCUCCCAAAAACCGAUUUGCGACCAUACUUAAUCAAAAAACUUCAAAAAUCGAUGGAAACGCGUUUAUUGCAUCCCGGAGUAGGAACACACGAUGUUUUAACGGCUUACGUAGCAACAAUAAGAUCUAUGAGAGUUCUCGACCGAUCUGGAUUACUUUUAGAAACCAUAACUCAACCUAUUCAUCAAUAUUUACGAAGCCGGGAAGAUACAGUUCGAUGUGUAGUAACUAGUUUAAUGGAGGAAGGUUCAAAUGAUUUAGCUGAAGAGUUAAUAAGAGGUGAUGUUGUUCAAACUGAUGAUAAUGCAUCUUCAGAUGAGGAUGAUCUUAAUUGGGAACAAUGGAUGCCUGAUCCAAUUGAAGCUAAACCAGGUAAAUCAUCAAAUACACGUCGAACAACCGAUAUAAUCUCAAUGUUGGUUAACGUUUAUGGUAGUAAAGAUUUAUUUGUAAACGAAUAUCGUACAUUAUUAGCCGAUAGACUUUUAACCUCGUUAACUUGCGAUACCGAUAAAGAAAUUCGUUAUUUAGAGCUUUUAAAGCUCCGUUUUGGGGAUGCUCAGCUCCAUCUUUGCGAGGUAAUGUUAAAAGAUAUUACCGAUUCGAAACGGAUUAAUCAACACGUCCAACAAGACGAAAAUUAUCGAGAUGAUGACGUACCAAUUUCCGCUAUGAUACUCUCCGCGCAAUUUUGGCCUGCUUUUAAAGAGGAAAAAUGUGAACUUCACCAAUCGGUUAACGAUCAAAUGAACGAAUACACAAAGGUAUUUGAAAAUUUUAAAGGGAGUCGAACGUUGUGUUGGAAAAAACAUUUGGGAUCGGUUGAUUUAGAUAUAGAGUUACCGAAUAGGACGGUUUCUUUUAGUGCUGUUACACCGAUGCAUGCAACAAUUAUUAUGCAUUUUCAAGAUAAAAAUCUUUGGAAUUUAAGCGAUUUAAGUAAAAUAAUGCAAGUUCCACCGACUUUAUUGAAAAGAAAAAUUGUUUUUUGGCAAUCUCAUGGUUUGAUAAAUGAGAUUGAUUCGAAUACUUUUCAAUUAAUUGAAGAUACGAAAGGGGAAUCAUCUCAAACUUCUAAAGACAUUGUAAUUGAGGAUGAAUCUGAAAGUGCGAUGGCUAGUUCACGAGAUCAACGAGAAGAGGAACUUCAGACAAUUUGGUCGUAUAUCGUGGGAAUGUUAAUGAAUUUGGAUUCAUUAAACCUCGAAAGGAUCCAUCAAAUGCUAAAAAUGUUCGCGUUUCAAGUUCCAUCAGUUGAGUGUAACGUUCAAGAAUUAAAACAUUUUUUAGAUAGAAAAGUGCGCGAGCACCAAUUAGUUUAUUCAGGUGGCGUUUAUCGAUUACCAAAACCUUAAUUUUUUUUAAAUAAAAAAAAAUUAAUCGCC